AUGGCGGCCGCCGAUGCAGGCUUGGUGACGCGGACCCUCACGGAUUGGCUCUCCGAGACGGUGCUCGAUCCUGCCACGCGGAGGCUCCUAGUCAAGGCUGACACGUCCCUCUCGUCGAGGCCAGAGCCCAUCGACUUGACUGCGGAUGAGCCUGCCUCGGAGGUGCCGGAGCCUUCUGCACCACCUCCACCACAAAGGAAGGCCAGCCUCUUGGCGGCCCUAGAGAAGCUGGCUCCGGACUUGAGCUUCGUGGCCUUGCAGUUGGACUUGGACGAGGCGGCGCUUGCAGGGCUGGUGGCAUUGACCUCUCGCAGCGCCUUGGGAGCGCUCCUCGGGCACGAGAUAGCAUCAAGCCACAGCCAUGAAGGUUUGCCACCGCCUACCAAGAGUGUGAUAUUUGCAUGCUUGGUGCUGCCAACUGACCGCUUUGCCUUCCUGGGCCGGGAUGAGAGGCCGAUGGACACCCUGCCGCCCAGGCAGGUGCUGCCAAGGCCGAGGCACGCUGUGUUCCAGGGCCCUGCGUCCGAAGGCGAAGGCUUGGGGCGGGGCGGCAGGCCAUCUGGUGUCCGGAGGUACCACCGCAACCAGCCGGGGAGCCUAGUCUUAGUCCGGACUCGCCGGCUCCGCAAAGCUAACGAGCUAUGGCGUGGGGAACGCUUUGCAAUGGGACUGAGCGCACAGCGCCGGUCAGAAUUGUCGCAGAGGUGCGGCUGCCGGGGAGUUGCCCUCAGUGCUUUGGCGGCCCUGGCGAGUGUUGAGCUCUGGAUGGCUCCCGCCCUGCGGCCUGGAGGCUACUCCAGCGAGGCGCUCUCAUAUGCAGAGGCUUUGCAGAAGGCGUACCAGGACUCCGACAGAGGCGCCCACUUUGGCCUGCGCCAGUUCGCCGAGCACAUGAGCCACGAGUUCGUGAAGGGCCUCCCCGACAGCCUCACUGCUCGCCUGUCCACCAUGGUGCAAGAAGGGAGGCAGGCGCGCACCUGGGACGUGGUGAUUUGCCACUCCACGCCCGACGUCUGGCAUGAGGAUGGCGCUUUCGGCUGGGGAAAGGUCGAGCCGUGCCCUCCCAAGGGCGCCAAGUUCCGCAUCGGCCGCACCAUGUACGAGACGGACAAGGUCCCGGCGUCCUGGGUGCCGAGGAUCUCGCGCAUGGACCAGGUCUGGGUUCCUUCCCACUUCGGCCUGGAGCAGUUUGUGGCCAGCGGCGUGCCUCGGGAGAAGAUCCGGGUGGUGCCAGAGGCGGUGGACACCGCGCUCUUCGAUCCCUCGAAGCACUCGCCCCUUCAGUUGGGAGGUGAGAGCUCCUAUCGCUUCCUCUCGGUGUUCAAGUGGGAGAAGCGGAAAGGGUGGGACAUCCUGCUGAAGGCAUACUUCGAGGAGUUCAGUCAAGAGGACGACGUAAUUCUCGUGCUCAAGACGCAGUCCUUUCAUAGCGGAGACGACUUCCACCAGAAAGUGCUCAAGGAGAUCCACUCGGCGCAGGCUGGGCGGCAGCCUGCGGCGCGGUACCAGCUCCUUUCGGAGGACCUGGCACUCAAGGACCUUCCUCGACUCUACCGCGCGGCCGAUGCCUUUGUGCUGCCCACCAGAGGCGAGGGCUGGGGCCGACCCCACGUGGAAGCCAUGUCCAUGGCCUUGCCGGUGAUCGCAACCAACUGGAGCGGAUCCACCGAGUUCCUCUCAGAGUCGGCGGCCCUGCCGCUGCCCAUCACCGGCCUAGAGCCGGCGGAGUUGCCUCUGCCGAGCCACGCGGACCACCGCUGGGCAGUGCCCGACGCAGAGGCGCUCAGGCGGCUCAUGCGCUGGGCGUUUGAGCACCAGCCAGAGGCCAAGGAGUUGGGCCAGGACCUCAGCAUGAGCAUGAGCGAGCCCAGAAUGUUGCCCUUGAGUGGAGACGAGGCGGCUCGCGCGCACAUGCUGCAGAACUUCAGCCCGGAGGUGGUGGUGGCGCGGCACGUGCUGCCGCUCCUGCGAGAAGCUUACGGAUCCGCCAAGUCCGAGCUUUGA